CAUCUCUAGCUGAGUAGAACGAAUUUGUGGAAAAUUGUGAUUAUCACAAUAUUUUCCCCAAUUUAAGGCCACUGCUGAAAAAUGUCUGAAAACGAGGCCGUGGAGGCGGCACCAGCGGACUCUGCGGAGAUCAGCGAAGAAUCCGGCAAGGAUGAAACGCCCACGAAGCCGCUGCAAAUGUCGUUUGCAGAUUGGAAAAAGUGCAAGGAGGCGCUGAGACCGGACACGAGAGCCGAACCACCCCAGCGCAAUUCCAACAAUUAUGGUCCAAAUAACAAUUAUAAUAACAAUAAUAAUAACAACAACAACAAUGGACGUAAACAGUGGGGACCCAAUAACAAUGGCAACUACCAAGGAGGCGGAGGACCGAACAACUUCCAGGACAGGAACAACUAUCCGCCACUGAGCAGACCCCCUCCACUUCCGAUGCAGCUGAUGAACAUGGGCUUCGGUGGCAACUUCGGACCGGGUCCGGGAGGCAACUUUGGUCCAGCUGGUCCCCCGAUGGGUCCAAUGGGCCCUGGUGGACCGUGUGGACCCAUGGGAAAUAUGGGACCCAAUGGUCCAAUGGGUAAUAUGGGUCCCAAUGGCCCCAUGGGAAAUAUGGGACCCAAUGGACCCAUGGGCUUCGGAGGACCUGGUGGUGGCCCCGGUCCACGACGAAAUCAAAACCAGCGACCGCUGCAGCCGCCUCCGUUUUGGGAGGACAUGAUGUCGCCACAGCACCGACCACCGCCCAUACAACCGCCCAUGCCCAAGUGCCCCAGCCUGUGGAAUCUGGUGCCCAAGGAGCGUGCACAGGGCAACGAUCGCAACAAUCAGAAUCAGAACAAGAAGAAGUUCAGCUCUAAUAAUCGGGGCAACAAUGCCAAAGAUUCCAAGCUAAUGCCUCCGCCACCGCCGCCAAGCGAUGGCAACAAAUCGCAGUCGAACGGAGAGGCUCAACCUUCCAAGAAGCCCAAGCGCGCCGGCACCUUUGUCCAGAUCAAUGGCCAGUGGAUACAGAAGCCGGAGGCACCUCCGCCACUGGAUGAUAUUCCGACGGGUACAAAGGAGGAGCGCCAGCGUCAGUGGAAGGAGUACCGCAUGGCCAUGAAGCCGUUCAAGAAUCGCGAGUUUCACAACUGGAAGCGAACUGUUCAGCGUUUGGGGAAGCUGCCGCGUGACCAGCUGGACGAGCAGCAGCUGGAGCGACUGAUGAAGGCCGAGGAGUACAUUGGCGCCCACAAAGCGAUGCUUACGGUGAAGCAUGCAGAGCGCUGGGUACAGCAGGAUAACAAGAACGAAAAGGGUCAGGUGUUUGUGCGCAAGUCGCCCAACAUUGGCUCAUGGGAGGUGCCCAAGGAUAAGCAACCGACCACUGGCUAUGCUUCGUUGCAUGAAUUCAAGAAGGUUCAGAUGGAUAAGUUCUUUGGCCCCGGGCGUGCCAUUAAGGGCGGCGCCGAUCUCUCCACCCUUGGAACUUUGGCGCCACCUCCGCCGCCACCGCCAGAUAAUCCUCCGCAGGCGAACAACUACUGGCCGCCUACCCCUGUCAGUAAUACGGGCUCCAAUUCCAAUCCCUCGUACUACAGCCACUACAGCAACAACUUCGUAAAGGGCGGAUCUCUGCUGCCGCCCUAGAACUGCUACCAGAUAUUAACCCAAGGCGUGGGUUUUAACGAUUCUUCAAUUGCAAGGCACCUGCAACGAAUUGACACAUCUGCAAUCCAAGGUCAGCAGUCUGCUCUUCAUUGUGGGUCGACGUACAUCGGUAUUUGUAUUCAGAUAAAUGUAACAACAUCAACUUGACACUCUUAAAA